UUAAAAGUAGUAUUGUGUUGGAAAGAGUCUUCUUUUUGUUGUUGUUCUCCUGUUAGAUCGGCGUCUACGGCCUCCGCCAGAAGGAGGUGCAGGUCACCUCCGCCUAGUGGUUGUGCAGUUUAGCUCUAUAUUAUAUUUAACGUUUAUUCUCAGAGCAUUCUGCAAAUGUCGCGAUUGAACUCGAGCCGUCGGAUCCAAAUCGAUACCUCGGAGCCUCGCUACGAUGACGACGGCGAUGAAACCCUAGACGAUGUAAACAGCAAUAUUACGGAGGAUGUAGAUCCCUUUAUGGGAGCCAAAGUUAGACGGAAAGCCUCCCGCCUUCGGGAUUAUCAGGGUGAUUAUAUCGAUGUUCAGUCCAGACCUCAUCUUAUGAAGAUUCUCCAGAAACAAGGUGACAGAAAAGUGUUGUUUGCUGAUAAAGUUAUAAAGUUCACUGGUUCAGGCAAGAUGAAACGCCGUAUACUUCUCGUUACUGAUUUUGCCAUCAACAUCACGGAUCCAGAGACUGAUGCACUGAAAAGAAGGAUAGCCCUUGCUGCUGUUGAGAAAUUGUAUUUAAGUGAACUAAGCGACAAUUUCUUUGCAAUUAUUAUUCCCACAGAAUAUGACCUACUCAUGGCUAGUACUAGAAAGACGGAAAUUGUGACAGUCUUAGUGGAUGCUACAAAGAGUGCCUCAGGCUAUGAACUCGAGGUUGACUUAUCUAACAGAUUUGAGUACAAUGCAGCUGCAGAAGUAGUGAAGAAAGUCCAGUUUGAGGAAGUAGAAGGUGGUGUUAAAACAAGAAUUGUUCAGAGAUGAAUUGCCCAUACAACGUUGAUAUCUAGUACUUGUAGGAAGUAUGUUUGGUGUUGCAGAGUCGUAAGCUGCGAUCACAGAGUCACGAUCAAUUGGCCUUACCGAAUUGUUUCAUGUAUCUUGUUUGAUUUCGAGCAAAAUGUUUCCUCUGCUUACUGACAAGCAAGAGAUGCAGAACUUACUGUGGGUAUAUAUAUAUAUAUAGUAGAUCAACAUGUAAAAUUAGGAUGCUUAUUAUUUGUUGUAUCUAAAGUAAUUUGAUCGACUAUUGAAUUUCCCCCCUGUGCGCAUUGCACAAACUUUGUCACUUUUGAAAUUUGUUGCUGUAUUUUAUGUACUCCUUGGUAUGAUUGCAAAAGUACUAAGAGUAGUAUUUAGCUUAUAAAUCAAUACUAUUAUUUUUU